CGAACCGGUCGAACCCGCUGUGGUCGAACCUCGAAACGCGAAACUCCUCGCAGGCUCGCACCCUCGUCAUCCACUCACUUCCCUUCUUUGGGACGAACUGAAGGAAAGAUUGGAGGACUGCAAGUUGGGAACCAUCCCUCUCGAGGUCCCGCUUUCAACACUGAAAUAUCAGUCCAACUCCCAUUUGCCUCCAGAUUCACGGCUCUGCCGCCUCUGUCUGAAGCGAUUGAACCCGAAGCUCGGUCCGGAGUGAUUGGAUAGAGUUGACCCCUCCGUCCAUGUCGCACCACUAGCUGACAGUCGCAGAGUUGUCCGUAGUUUGGCUCUUGCCAAGCUCCAUCCCCCUCGUCGCCCGUCCGCCAUGUCCACUGCCGCUUCAGCCUCGACCCCCAGUCAUCAUGGCCCCGCCCACCACCCGGAGGUCGAAGAGAACGGGAUGGUGGUGGUCCGGAAGGAGCGGAGUAAUUCAGACUCCUCGUUGGACGAAUGCAUCGAGGCUCAGAGUGAUGAGGAGAUGAAUUACGGACACCUCGAAUUGGAGGGCCGUGCGGCCGAGGAACGAGUGCGCGGUCCGCCUCUUCCUCCUCAGUUAGAGCAACUAACGGUGACCGAGCCAGAACACGUCCACAUCAACCGACCCGUGUCCGGGGCCAGUCGGCUCAUUCCCAAACCGUUUGCCCAACGAAAUUAUUGUGCGCUCUUUGAGAAGUACUUUUUGGUGCCCGUCAAACCCAUUCCACAUCUCCGAGAAAUGGGCUUACGGGGCAAGAUGAAACUCUGGCAAUUCCGGCAUAUCGUGUGGCGAUGUUAUCUUGGGUUGCUAGAUGGGGCCAAGUCCGAUUGGUUGGCGCUCAUGGCCACCCAUCGUUCCAAGUAUCGGGUCCUCAAAACGGACUACACGCAUGAUGAACGCAAUGACCCGUCCCUCCAUCCCGCUUUAAACAAUCCCCUCUCCCAGGAUCAAAACUCCCCUUGGAAUAAGUACUUUGAAGAUUCUCAGCUGAUACAAACCAUUGAGCGGGACGUUCAUCGAACUUCGCCUGAGUAUGCUCUAUUCAAAAACAAAGCCAUUCGGUGCAUGAUGACCAAUAUCUUGUUCAUUUUCGCCAAGCAGCAUCCGAGCAUGAUGUAUCGUCAAGGCAUGCAUGAACUACUGGCCGUUGUUAUAUUAGUCCACAAAAGAGGACACCAAGAGCUGAUGAAUAAUAAUAGUGCUGUGUCCAAAGCUGAGGCAGGGGGGAAAGAGGGCUUGGCUCUUCUGAAAGAGUUCAACAAUCCGAUAUUUUUGGAACACGAUUGUUAUUCAAUGUUUGCCAAAAUCAUGGAAAAAAUGUGGGACUGGUACUACGUCUCGCCCGAGUCGAACCCAUCUGGCUCAAGAAAGCCACGACCUAGGGUCACACUAGACAAUCCAUUCACCGUGGGGGAGUAUGGGAAAGAUACACUCUCUGAAGCUGCCUUACGUCUUCAUAGUCUUUGGACCGACGUGUUACAGGUCCAAGACAAGGAGCUCUACGAUCACCUUACCGCUCUGUCCAUAAUUCCAACCACGUUUGGCUUGAAUUGGACUAAAUUACUCUUUUCCCGACAAUUCAAGGACUACGAGGUGCUCUGGGACUUUAUCUUUUCGACUCAGUGUUCAAGCAUCGAUUACAUUCUCGUUGCAAUGGUCAUAGCCAUUCGAAGCCUAUUACUCAACGGGGACGACUCUCAAUGCAACCAAUUGUUAGUCUCCAAGUACCCAGACAAUGUGGAUGUUCUUUAUGUCAUCGGUUUAGCUCUGCAUCUCCAACAGCCUUCGAUGUUUUCACGUCCGCGCAACCCUAUCCAAGCUAGCAUUCAAAUCAUCCAAAACUUCUCCAAGUUGAUUGAUAACAGCAAAAGCAGGCCCAAAGCAGGGUCGACUGACCAAUUGCGCAGCCGUUCCAUUCCUAGUUUGUCAAAAUUAUCCGAAUCCUCGCCCGACGAGGAUGUUCCCGGUCAGAAGAUGGUUGAUAUCGCUGGAUCCUUGGAGCCUGAGGCGGAGGGUUUUGAGAUUCUAGGGUUUGAACAAUCUCCGACCGCCAUUCUGUCUACCAUGAAGUCUGAUCUGAGGAUUUGGAGAGCAGAUCUGUCGUGCGCUUUGCGAACGCUCAGCCUUACCGUAACCAAUGGACCGCAAGAUCACAAGUUAGAAGUUCAGGCCUUGGAUUCGCUACGAAAUGUGAUACAAGGCGUCAAUCGUGUCAUCGAGAACAUUGAGGGCACACCAGACGUAGUGGGAGCUGAUGCGGCCGAACUGCAGGCCCAAGCCAACAAUCGUGAUGAAUUACCUGCAGAUCAAGUUAAUGACCUCCUUUAGAUAAGGAGUGUCGACCUACCCGGAAGGUCUGGAAUGUUUUGUGCCAAAAGUUUUCACUCCUAAGUGUAAGAAAUGAUACUGCUACAUUGAUCAAUUAGCCAAUGUGCAAGCCUCACCUUUUGGUAAUGAAAUCCAUAGAUAGAUAUAUAUAUAAUUGACUGUGCAGUA